AUGCAGGCGGCGCCAAUGGGCAUGGCGGCCCCGAUGGCAAAUUACGGACAAGCCGGAUACGCGCAGGCGACUCCAUUGGCCGCGGCUGGCCCAGGCAGUGCGAACCCCUUUGCAAAGACACAGCAAGUCACAAUCCCCACCGAAUUGGGCGGCACGAUCAUCGGACGUGGUGGUGAACGGAUCAAUCGCAUCCGCGACGAUUCCGGUGCCCAUAUCGUCCUUGAGCCAACUCAGCCUGGUCAGGAAGAGAGAAUCAUCACCAUCUCUGGCACCGAGCAGCAAAUCCACAUGGCCCAAUACCUCUUGCAGCAAUGUGUUCGCUCAUCGUUGCCGCAACAGGGUGGCGCCACUGGACCCGGUGGUCCUGGCAUGCGUGAGAUGCGUGGUCCGAUUGGAGGACGUUUCCGU